UCCUUUCCAAUACCAGAAGUUACUCGCUUUUGGUUUCCGGCCCAGUACCCUCUUGCUGGACCCGGACUGAGUGUAUGAUGCCACCUGCCACCGCGCCUGUUGUAUGCAUGCACCGCGAUCCCGGAAGGAGAGCCCACAGAAACCGGACGCACCUAGCGGGAUCGCGGCACGGGGCGCUGUUGAUCCUCAGAUUGACAACAUCGAUUGGAUCGCCCCAAGUCUGCACAUGCGCAGUGACAACAUCGACCGGAUCGUCCCAAGUCUGCACAUGCAUGGUGACAACAUCGACCGAAUCGCCCCAAGUCUGCACAUGCGCAGUGACAACAUCGACCAGAUCGCCCCGAGUCUGCACAUGCGCAGUGACACACCACCCAGUAUUCCGAACGCCGCAGUUUUCAGUUUCCGGAACAACGCAAACGUGUCCCAGUCGAAGAUAAAAAAUGCAACCAGCAUAUCCAGUAAUACUACUAUUACUGCGUCUACCGCUAUUGCUGCUGUUGCUGCUAUGACUACUACCCCUACUACAACCACUACUUAUAAAAUCACGAACAGGUGCAGUACCUAAUACAGACUCAACUCAACGUUCCGGUGCGAAGUAUCCAGUUCGAUCCCCACGAUAUCCGGUCAUCGCGACCAGGUGUUGAAGCCCGCUGGGUCGUCAAAUAUCGUAAUACAGCGGAUGUGUCAAAAGCUAUUCAGUCGGGACUUCUGGUGGACACGGACCGGCUGGUGUUUUACCAGCACAAUGACGUCACUACACGCGAAACCGCGGCCUAUAGAAACUACAUGGAGGUUGUUAACGCCCAUGCCGUGAUAGCGGCGUCUGCUGAUAACGUAGUGCGCGGGAAACUUAAACGCGCAGUUUCCAGCGGUCGAUGUCACUCAAGACGUUUAAGAUAUUAUGAAGCUAACUAAAUGGAAGUGACUUUUUGAAACUAUGUGACUAUGUGGUUAUGUUAAUUAAGGUUGUUUGGGAUAUGUACACUGGCAUGUAUCAACAGUGAUUCGAUUAGUACACAGUCAAGUGGAAUGCAUACAUAAACGCCAUUUAAAUUCAAACAUCCACAUUCAUUUAUGACAAAUAUACGCUUCCCUUUUGUUGUCGAAGUUUUUGUUUGUUUUGAAUACUUAGGAAUAUAAUACAUGUAUUGAUAAUACUAACUUUUAGCAUAUUAAAUCAUUUCCCACUUCAAACACAAAGUUAUAACAUGUAUACAUUAAACAUAUUUAGAACAAAUAUU